UCUGUUCUUUCCAGCUGCACUGCUGAACUGAUGCAAUAAGUUAAAGUGAGACAAGUAUAUUUUUUCUCACUCUAACUUAUUGCACCAGUUCAGCAGUGCAGUUGAAAAGAACAGACCACUUUUUAAUCAUAUAAUUGAGCGGUGGGUAAGAGGGGAGAAGAAGAAAACAUUGUCCCAUCGGUCGAUCAUCGUCCAUCUCUACCAAGAUAUAUCAGUCAAGGAUCGCGUCAAACACGUCAAGUUUUUAACAAUUAUUUUAAAGAAAUCGUGAAUUCUCUUGCUAAUGAAUCUUGAUCGUCUUUAUUCGUCCCGUUUUCGAUGAAUUCGUGUUAACAAUUUCAUCCACGGAGUAUUUCACCGGGACAUUUAUAAUGUCUUCGGUCCAGCGUGCAUUUGCUCACAAAUUAAGUAAGCAGCAUGCCGCCGAUGUGAGGCGGCAAAUUGCCACUUCUACUUCCUAUUCACGUGAUUUAUCCAAGAGUGGUAGUAGUAUAUCAGGAUUCUCUUCCACGAUGUCCUUGUGUGAGGUGUUAGAGCCACUUGAUUAUGAAGAAUUCUUAGGACAGCAUCAAUCAGUACUAGAUCGUGAUCCCUUAAAACCAAUACUGGAUUUUCCACCAGGAGAUGUUGAAAUGAGAGUCAUAAAAAGGAAAAUUCGAACAGAAGAGCCAAUAGUUCCUCAUGAAUCCUUAGAUACCGUAUCUCCUUAUGUGAAAAGGUGCAUUGAGAGCUUCACAUCAGAUUGGGUCAUAAUAAAUCGCAAAUACAAGGGAAGAAUCUCACCUAUAGCCAGAGACAGAUUGCUCCAAGACACACCUAGACAAGAUUUCGAGGUAGAUCAAGAGGAUGCAAAUGGUUGUGGAUCACCAAAUGAAGAGGAUGAUCUCUCCAACUGCGGGGACACUCCGAGAGGAUCUUGGGCCAGUUUGGAUUUGCGACAUUCACAACACGAUCCACUUUUGCCCAGUCUAUUAGAUCGUGUUUGCCUAGAGACGAUCGAUCAAAUGAACGAGCAAAAGAGAUUGGAGGAUCGACAGGAAGCUUUAUUCCCGCUUUAUGCUCCGCCGACUUCUCCAGACGACGAGUGGCAAGAAAUCGGUGUUGCUCCCGAACCUACGGAGCCGUUUGCUCAUAAAAUUCUCGUGAAAUGUCUGCAACUAAAGUUGGAAUUAGAAGUAGAACCAAUAUUCGCAAGCCUCGCAUUGUACGACGCCAAAGAGAAGAAAAAGGUAUCGGAAAAUUUUUACGUCGAUAUGAACUCUGAAGGCUUGAAGAGAAUGCUCGGAGGACACAUCGCUUACAGCGACGCCAGCACCUUAGCUAGAAGCUGUGUUUUGAGCAUUAGUAAGCCCAGCCCCGACUUGUUUCUCGUCGUGCGACUUGAGAAAGUAUUACAGGGCGACAUUUCGGAAUGCGCCGAGCCGUACUUGCGCGAAGAUAAAAAUAAGGACAAGGUGAGAGCCGCCGCUGCCGCAGCGUGCGAACGCUUAGGUCGUUACAGGAUGCCUCUCGCGUGGACUGCGAUUCAUCUGUCCGGGGUAAUUGGGGGCGGCGGUGAUGCGGACAGUACUGGCAGCGCUGGAUCUUUGGAUAGAAAGUCGGGCGGUCUGGAACAGUGGCGGAAGAAAGUGGAGCCGCCGACACGAAGAGGCUCGUUGGAACGACGCAGUUCAGACAAAAGACGUAGUUGGUCCCCGGACGAUUUCGCCAACUGUCUAGACAGUUUUAGACCCAUCACUUUAACUGUCUCGAGCUUCUUCAAGCAAGAGAGUGAGCGACUUCGCGACGAGGACCUCUACAAACUUCUAGUCGAAUUGCGAAGACCUGGUUCUAAUCUGAAACGACUGAAAUGUUUACCUGGAAUAUUGAAAUUAGAUCUCAGUCCUAGACCCGAAGAGCUACCCAGGUGUUUGGAUCCCGAUCUCAGGAGAUUAGUUCCGUAUCCGGACGAGAAAAGUCGACCGGUCAAGGAGAUACUCGAAUUUCCGAGCGAAGUUGUUUCACCAGAUUUGACGUAUCGUAAUCUUCUAUACCUUUAUCCCAAGGAAGCGAAUUUCAGCUCCAGAACUGGUUCAGCCCGCAAUAUCGCCGUAAGAAUUCAGCUUAUGGGAGGUGAACAGGAAGCAGAUGCGCUCACUGCCAUUUUCGGCAGGUCGUCGUGUCCUGAGAUGACGCACGAAUACUUUACAUCUGUGUCAUAUCACAAUAAGAAUCCAAACUUCUACGACGAAGUAAAAAUGAGACUCCCUGCGGAUUUGAGCGCUAAACAUCAUUUACUGUUCACUUUCUAUCAUAUCAGUUGUCAAAAGAAAGCUGAACAACCGAAUGUUGAAACAGCGGUCGCGUAUACGUGGCUACCGCUUCUGAGAGACGGUCAUCUUCAAUCGGGUGAAUUCAGUCUGCCUGCCAUGUUAGACCCACCACCGGCUAACUAUUCUUAUAUUGCACCGGACGUUCUCUUGCCGGGCACUCGGUGGGUGGACGCUCAUCGAGGAGUUUUUACCGUUAUAUUAGAACCCGUUUCUAGCGUUCAUCCGCAAGACAAGUAUAUUGACAGAUUUCUGUCGUUGUGUGGUUUUUUGGAGACCGGUCAGGUACCGCCUCGCAUCGGCGAAGCCGGUAUGGAGUCGGAAGUGAAGUCAGCGCUGCUCGAAUUAGCGCGUGCCUCGCACUCCGCUUUGGUACGAUCCCUUCCUCAAUUGCUGGAUCAAUUGCUGUGUCUUCUAGUACGACCGCCGACGUUGCCGUCUCAGUCAUUGAAUAUCGCCGCCACCAUUUUCGAGGCCUUGGGUCUGCUCGUGCGAAACAUCACCAACUUGCCUGAUGGCCAGUUAGACGCGCACGGAAGACACGCGCUCUUGGCUACUUACAUCGCGUACCAAUGUUCAUUGCCGAGCAUGUCUCACGGCGCAGGUGUUGUGCGAGCACAGAGCAAUCCCGACUUGCCUCUAGAAGACUUGGAGAUGGAGAUCCAUUCACGGGGACUGGAUAGAACUGCGUCGAUGCGGCAAGAAUCCCCUUCAAUUAGCAGUCAGCCUACCAGGAGACUCCUGCACGAAGAACUCGCGUUGCACUGGGUUGUGUCCACUGGUCAAGCGCGUGAAUUGGCGAUAACGCAUUCUUGGUUCUUCCUGGAGCUGAUAAUGCGCUCGAUGGUCGUCACGCUGUCGGAACUGAACAGUUUGGAGGCUCCGCGCAAACUAAGAUUUUCGCCGCAGUUCUGUGACGACAUCACGACCCUCACCGCCGCGCUAACCACCGAAGUGACAACGCGUUGCGGCAAGGAGACUCGCGUCGCGUCCAACCUUAUAUCGAGCCUCGGUAACUUCCUAUCGGACUUGCUGUCCGUGAUGGACCGAGGAUUCGUGUUGUCGCUCAUACGUGUCGCUUGUUGUUCGCUGUCGGACGCGUCGAUGCACAUUCCUGACUCAGCUGCGUUGUUCGCUUUGAAACUCGAUCUCGUGAGAACGGUGUGUUCACACGAGCACUAUGUGGCACUGAAUCUCCCGUUCGGCACAGGCUACACAUCCGGGUCGGCCCCAGCAUCACCCAGUCCGUCCACCGGCAGUUCAGGCAGCCUGAUUUCCACCUUGGUGCCGGGGGAUAGGGCGAGAUUCUCAGAACUCAGCCAGGAAUUUAGGCAGCAGCACUUCUUAGUCGGCAUCGUUCUAUCCGACUUAGCGAAUACCUUGGAGGUACCGAAUCCGAUGUUGCAGAAUAAAGCUAUCGGCACUGUACGGCAUCUAAUGAGUUGCCACGACGCCGAUUCACGAUAUUCGGAUCCCGCGGCGAAAGCCAGAGUUGCAGCGCUGUAUUUACCGUUGCUGAGUAUCUUGAUGGAUGCCUUGCCGCAACUCUACCACUGGGAUUCCAAGGACAAGAGCGUCUAUCCGGACGAGUCUGGAUCGAUCACUCAGUCCGUAGCCUUGGCUAUCGCUGGCGGAGCAUCGGCAGAUACCGCAGGCAAUCAGUGUCGGGUGUCUUUGAGCUCCGAAGCCACUCGACAUCUCUUGAUGUGUGCCUUGUGGGUCCUCAAAGGCUUGGAACGAACCGCGUUAGCGCAGUGGUGCUCUGAGUUGAGCGCAAGACGUAUCUUGAGCUUGCUUCAAGUGCUGAAUAUCGCUACCGCUGCUUUCGAAUACAAAGGCAAAAAGGCGCUCAAGAGGUUGCCACCGCAGGCCGCGGCCACUAGCGAUAUUCGCUCGCGACUGGAGGACGUGAUCCUCGGCCAGGGAAGUGCCAGAAGCGAAAUGAUGCUGCGGAGGAAGGAGAGAGUGACCGGCGACAAGUUGAGGUGGCGCAAGGAUCAAAUGCCGUACAGAUCAUGCGAACAACCGGAGGGAAGAGCCGUCGAACAAGACGCUCAUAUUGAAGGGGCUUUAGCGGCUGAGGCCUCUUUGGUUGUAUUAGAUACCUUGGAAUCUGUGGUUCAAGCCGAUGGUGGCGGAGGUGCGGUUGUUGGAGCGGUGUUAAAAGUAUUAUUGAGAGCACUGGCUAGAAAUCAAAGCACGUCGGUGCUGCAGCACAUGUUCAAUACACAGCGAGCUUUGGUUUUCAAGUAUCAUAGCGCCUUGUUUGAUGAGGAGAGCGAGCGUUGCGGGGAUUUAUGCUUGACGUUGCUCACUCGAUGCAGCUCGCCAUUGAGCGCCGUCAGGAGUCACGCCGCUGCAAGUUUGUACUUGCUGAUGCGACAGAACUUCGAAAUUGGAAAUAACUUCGCGCGCGUCAAGAUGCAAGUUACGACUUCCUUGUCUGCACUCGUUGGUAGAGGAAGAGCUCCUAGCGAGGGAGCGCUGCGCAGAGCGCUGAAAACAGUAUUGGUGUACGCCGAAAGAGACACAGAGCUUGCGGACACGAGCUUCCCAGAACAAGUGAAGGACUUAUUGUUUAAUCUUCACAUGAUUCUCUCCGACACCGUUAAGAUGAAAGAGUUCCAAGAGGACCCUGAGAUGUUGUUGGACUUAAUGUAUAGAAUCGCCAAAGGCUAUCAAGGUUCACCGGAUCUUCGAUUAACCUGGCUUGCGAAUAUGGCGCAGCAACACAUGGAGAGGAAGAAUCACACGGAAGCCGCGAUGUGUUUGGUGCACAGCGCAGCUUUAGUUGCGGAAUAUCUACAUCUCCUGGAGCCCGGUGGCGGUGGACGACCGGUGGGAGCCGUCGCUUUGAACGCUGUGACGCCAAACGCCUUAGAGGAAAGCGCUGUGGGCGACGAUGUAUUGGCCCGAAGGGAAGAGGGGCUCUGUUUAGGUCCUGAUUUUUCCGAAAGCGGCUUGGCGGGACUGUUAGAACACGCGGCUAGCUCUUUUCAUGCAGCCGGAAUGUACGAAGCUAUUCCUGACGUUUACAGGGUGUUGCUGCCUAUAGCCGAAGCAGCACAUGACUAUAAGAAAUUGGCUAAUAUUCAUGGAAAACUUCACGAGGCGUACACACGUGUGGAACAGUUGGCCGGCAAGCGCGUCUUCGGAACGUAUUUCAGAGUUGGUUUUUACGGUGCGAGAUUUGGCGAUCUCGCCGGUGAAGAAUUUGUGUACAAGGAGCCGACCCUUACAAAGCUCCCGGAGAUAUUCUCGAGACUCGAGAAUUUCUACGCUGAGAGAUUUGGCGCGGAUAAUAUAGUCAUAAUAAAGGACUCGAAUCCUGUGGAUCCCGGCAAAUUGGAACCGGACAAGGCGUACGUUCAAAUCACUUAUGUAGAGCCAUACUUCGAAGCGCACGAGCUCCGACAUAGACCCACCGUUUUUCAUCGCAAUUUUAACAUCAAACGAUUCGUUUACGCGACACCUUUCACGCCCGGUGGCAAAGCUCACGGUGAGCUACGCGAACAAUUCAAACGGAAAACUAUAUUGACAGUGGCGACGCAUUUUCCGUAUCUGAAAACCAGAAUUCGAGUUGUAGCCCGGAAGCAGAUAGUUCUCACUCCCAUUGAAGUGGCAAUCGAGGACAUACAAAAGAAGACUGCCGAGGUGGCUGCCGCGACUGCUCAGGAACCUCCUGACGCAAAGAUGCUGCAGAUGGUCCUUCAAGGAUGCAUCGGCACCACUGUCAAUCAAGGACCCGCCGAGGUAGCGGUUGUAUUUCUGUCGGGUUUGCGCGAGCAGAAUGUACAGCCGGAUAGACUGCAGCACAAGCUUCGUCUAUGCUUCAAGGAUUUCCAGAAGAAGUGUCUCGACGCUCUGCGACGUAACAAGAAUCUAAUUGGCCCCGAUCAGCGGGACUAUCAGCGAGAGCUUGAGAGAAAUUACCAAAGAUUGACCGAACGAUUGGCGCCUCUGAUCGCUUGGAGCGGGCCGUCCUUAAUGAAUCAGCAAGCUGUACCGGCAACGUCUCCGCGUUGGUAGAGAAGCGAGAUAUUGCCAUAGAAGCUUACCAAAGAUUAUCGAUUAUUAAUCACGUAUGAGAUUGUCACUUAGUAUACAGGUAACACUACUUACGAUCGUAUUAGGGAAAAUGUUGAAUCCUUGCUUUAUAAAAUGAUUAUUCCGAGCUACAUAUAAAUUUACAUAUGGCAUAACCAUAAAAAAUUAUUAUAAUAUAUUUAUAUUA